AUGCUCAUCGUCAUCUCGUCGAUUUUGAUGGCGUACGCCGCGCACGCACAGCCCGCCGGCGACAUUUUUCGCACUUUUAUGGGCUACAUUCCGGAAGAGCACCGAGCACAUCAUGCGUGGCAGAAUUCGGGUACGUUCGGCCCCCUCAUAAGUGCUGCGCCUUUAAAACGUACAGUAAUCCCUGUUUCCUUUCUUCUUCUUCUUCUGUUUCUUCAAAACAAAAUCGAUUUCAGGAAAGUUCCAAGGCGACAUUGACGGCAUCGAUCCGAACCUACUAAAACUGCCUGUAAGUGUGAAAAAUGAUGGCGUAACGGUAAAACCGUUUCAGGAGGGUCCCGUGCUGUUCAACGCGCUCAAAAACAAGCAGUUGACGUGGGAAAACGGUGUGAUUCCGUUCGAAAUGGACACGGCUUUCUGUGAGUGCUGCAAAAAAAAACCUUCUUCUUUUUGGGGGCUCAUCCGGGCCAAUUUCAGACGCAAAUUUCAGCUGCGAAUGAGGUGAAAAUACUCGAGAAGGCGUUCGACAGCUAUCGCCGCAACACGUGCAUUCGCUUCGAGAAACGCGACGGACAAACGGACUAUUUGAAUAUUGUCAAGGGAUACGGGUCAGUUUUUCGGGUGUAACUUUAUGGGGCAUCGAGAGAACUUGGCCGAUAGACCUCUUAAAUUGAAGCUCUGAUGAUAGCGGAUGUGCUGGCCGUGGUCCCAGGCGGAUUCCUUUAACCCUCUGACAGUUAAAAACUAAUCAAAACGUUCACUUUCAGAUGCUACUCGCAAGUCGGCCGAACCGGCGGAAAACAGGAGAUUUCGUUGGGGCGCGGUUGCUUUUUCCAUGAAAUUAUCGUGCACGAACUGAUGCAUUCGGUCGGAUUCUGGCACGAACACUCGAGAGCCGGUGAGCAUGUUUGCCCUCUUUUUUUUAGUGCUUGUUUUCUUCUGUCUCGGAUCCACCAAGAUGAUGGAAAAGAUGGAAUCGUAUUUUUUUCUUUCAGAUCGCGACGAUCACAUUCGCAUCAUGUGGGACAAUAUCCUGCCGGGAAUGAAGUCGCAAUUCGACAAAAUCUCCGCCGUGUUGCAGGUGCGCUCUAUUGAGAAUUUGAGAAUUGUCUUUUCGGAGCCGAUCAUGUAUCUCAUUCGAUUGGAAAUUUUAUGCUGAUCAACUUUGUCUCUUGACGUUUCGCUCAAUCUCUUCAAGUUUUCGAGAUAAUGCCCAAAAACCUGUAGGAAAACUAGUUUUCGAGUAUUAUCUUGAAAGCCGAGAAAAUUCGAGCAAAAUGUCAAGAGACAAAGUUGAUCAGCACAAAAUUUCCAAUCAUUUGACAUACAUCACGUACACGUUUUGGAGGAAAAAAGUUGUGCGCCAAAAAAACACAGUCCGGAUCCGUGCAUGCAUGACUCAUUCGAUCAGUGGCUCCAAAAACCAGUCGCAUGCCAUUCGAGCGUCCGAAUAACUGUACACAAAUGAGUAAUCUAUUGAUCUUUCCGUUGGCAGACCGCAAACAAACGGGCACCGUUCGCCGCUCACCUUUUGUUUGUCGUUGUGUCUGACCGCGGAGGGGAGGGGAGCACACUGAUCUAGAGUGAUAAAUGUGUAAAUUACCGUAAUCCGAGCCGAAAAACGGCAUUUCCGCGCGAAUUCUGCAAGCUGGCGUCGGGUGCGGCGCCCGGUCCGCAAACACCGCGACGCGCCGGCCGACCGUACCACUUUCAGGACUUGCAAGGCGAAAACUACGACUACAAAUCGAUAAUGCACUACGAUAGCACGGCGUUUUCGCGCAACGGACGGAAUACGAUCGAAACUGUGAAAGACGGAUUCACAGAAGUGAUUGGGACCGCCCAGGACCUGUCGUCUCUGGAUAUUGUCAAAGUAUUAUCGGUUGUCGGCGUGUAAAAUGUAAUAUCGAUAUUGUAGAUCAACAAAUUGUAUCAGUGCAAGGCGAAGAAGAAGGAGAAAUUGAGGUUGACGACCGAGGAGCCGAGAGUCUUGGUCCCGCAAGUUGGCGAGAAGAAAAGCGAUGAGAGUGAGUCGUCUAAUUUUCAGUGUGCGCCUUUAAAAACCUACAGUAUCACUUGCAGAAUGCGUCGAUCACUUCGCCGACUGCCCGCACUUUGCCCAAUAUUGCACGCGGGCCUCCUUCUUCUUCGUCAUGAAAUCGUAUUGUCCGUUCACGUGUAAACACUGUCCCGGUGAUCGAAAACUCAAAAAAUCGGGAUAA